CUGGCGGAUUCCGACAGUGACCUCUACAAGAAUUUCAACAUCGUCAUAUCGGAGCGAUGGCAGAACGAAAUCGCCGAGACCAUUUUCGAGGUUGUCAACCAGGACGCUGACAAAGCCGAGACCAAGAAACGAUCGAAACAAAAGGCAAAAAUGAACGUUGAUGAGAAAGAUUCGGAUGUGAUCGUUCAUGGCUACAUAAAAAAGCUCGGUGGUCCAUUCACCUCAGCAUGGCAAACCCGAUAUGGCAAGCUCUACCCGUCGCGACUUGAACUCUAUCCGGAAUCGCUGAGUGGAAAGCCAGAGCUGGUGUUCAUGGAUCAAAUCGAGGGUCAGCGGAGAACCAAUCGUCGUGAAAUACGGGACGAGAUUAGAGCCAAGAAAUUACUGACCAAUGUCGGACGAGAUCUCACUGAAGGAGUGGCACACCUCGUUGCGAACAGCGCACAA